AUGUUGAAGAGGUUUAUGUUCUCCUGCAUCACUCGAUUGGUUUUGAACGCUAAGCUGUCAAGUCCCCAAGGAAAAGAUGGCCGUGGUGAAGUGAAAUUGACACUGAACGACAGACAACGAGAAAAGAAGAAGUGCAAUAUCGUUGGGCCAAGUGGAAUAUUCCGAAGUGUGAGCAGUAUCAUGACACAUGAUAGCGAGUUUCACCUCGUACUGGCACAAGGUCAGGCUGGGAUUCAGUACAAUGGCGGAUCUCUGUGGAGCUCAUCUGUUCCGGUGCAUGAGAAGGACAGCUGGUCGUGGCAGUGUGUUCUAGGCUGGAGCUGA